AUGGCUUGCCUCACUGUCCCAGAGCCACUGUCCCAGAGCCACUGUCCCAGAGCCACUGUCCCAGAGCCACUGUCCCAGAGCCACUGUCUUAGAGCCACUGUCCCAGAGCCAUUGUCCCAGAGCCACUGUCUCAGAGCCACUGUCCCAGAGCCACUGUCCCAGAGCCACUGUCCCAGAGCCACUGUCUCAGAGCCACUGUCCCAGAGCCAUUGUCCCAGAGCCACUGUCCCAGAGCCACUGUCCCAGAGCCACUGUCCCAGAGCCACUGUCCCAGAGCCACUGUCUCAGAGCCACUGUCCCAGAGCCACUGUCCCAGAGCCACUGUCCCAGAGCCACUGUCCCAGAGCCAUUGUCCCAGAGCCACUGUCCCAGAGCCACUGUCUCAGAGCCACUGCCCCAGAGCCACUGUCCCAGAGCCACUGUCCCAGAGCCACUGUCCCAGAGCCACUGUCUCAGAAUCACUGUCCCAGAGCCACUGUCCCAGAGCCACUGUCCCAGAGCCACUGUCCCAGAGCCACUGUCCCAGAGCCACUGUCUCAGAGCCACUGUCUCAGAGCCACUGUCCCAGAGCCACUGUCCCAGAGCCACUGUCCCAGAGCCACUGUCCCAGAGCCACUGUCCCAGAGCCACUGUCCCAGAGCCACUGUCCCAGAGCCACUGUCCCAGAGCCACUGUCCCAGAGCCAUGUCCCAGAGCCACUGUCCCAGAGCCACUGUCCCAGAGCCACUGUCCCAGAGCCACUGUCCCAGAGCCACUGUCCCAGAGCCACUGUCUCAGAGCCACUGUCCCAGAGCCACUGUCCCAGAGCCACUGUCCCAGAGCCACUGUCCCAGAGCCACUGUCCAGGCCCGCCCAGAGCCACUGUCCCAGAGCCACUGUCCCAGAGCCACUGUCCCAGAGCCACUGUCCCAGAGCCACUGUCCCAGAGCCACUGUCCCAGAGCCACUGUCUCAGAGCCACUGUCUCAGAGCCACUGUCCCAGAGCCACUGUCCCAGAGCCACUGUCCCAGAGCCACUGUCCCAGAGCCACUGUCUCAGAGCCAUUGUCCAGAGCCACUGUCCCAGAGCCAUUGUCCCAGAGCCACUGUCCCAGAGCCACUGUCCCAGAGCCACUGUCCCCAGAGCCACUGUCCCAGAGCCACUGUCCCAGAGCCACUGUCCCAGAGCCACUGUCCCAGAGCCACUGUCCCAGAGCCACUGUCCCAGAGCCACUGUCCCCAGAGCCACUGUCUCAGAGCCAUUGUCUCAGAGCCACUGUCCCAGAGCCACUGUCCCAGAGCCACUGUCCCAGAGCCAUUGUCCCAGAGCCACUGUCCCAGAGCCACUGUCCCAGAGCCACUGUCCCAGAGCCACUGUCUCAGAGCCACUGUCCCAGAGCCACUGUCCCAGAGCCAUUGUCCCAGAGCCACUGUCCCAGAGCCACUGUCUCAGAGCCACUGUCCCAGAGCCACUGUCCCAGAGCCACUGCCCCAGAGCCACUGUCCCAGAGCCACUGUCCCAGAGCCACUGUCCCAGAGCCACUGUCCCAGAGCCACUGUCUCAGAGCCACUGUCUCAGAGCCCCUGUCCCAGAGCCACUGUCCCAGAGCCACUGUCCCAGAGCCACUGUCCCAGAGCCACUGUCCCAGAGCCACUGCCCCAGAGCCACUGUCCCAGAGCCAGAGCCACUGUCCCAGAGCCACUGUCCCAGAGCCACUGUCUCAGAGCCACUGUCCCAGAGCCACUGUCUCAGAGCCACUGUCUCAGAGCCACUGUCCCAGAGCCAGAGCCACUGUCCCAGAGCCACUGUCUCAGAGCCACUGUCCCAGAGCCACUGCCCCAGAGCCACUGUCCCAGAGCCACUGUCUCAGAGCCACUGUCCCAGAGCCACUGUCCCAGAGCCACUGUCCCAGAGCCACUGUCCCAGAGCCAUUGUCCCAGAGCCACUGUCCCAGAGCCACUGUCUCAGAGCCACUGUCUCAGAGCCACUGUCCCAGAGCCACUGUCUCAGAGCCACUGUCCCAGAGCCACUGUCCCAGAGCCACUGUCCCAGAGCCACUGUCUCAGAGCCACUGUCCCAGAGCCACUGUCCCAGAGCCACUGUCCCAGAACCAUUGUCUCAGCCACUGUCCAGAGCCACUGUCCCAGAGCCACUGUCUCAGAGCCACUGUCCCAGAGCCACUGUCCCAGAGCCACUGUCCCAGAGCCACUGUCUCAGAGCCACUGUCUCAGAGCCACUGUCUCAGAGCCACUGUCUCAGAGCCACUGUCCCAGAGCCAGUGUCACUGAGCUCAGAGCCACUGUCCCAGAGCCACUGUCUCAGAGCCACUGUCCCAGAGCCACUGUCUCAGAGCCACUGUCUCAGAGCCCCUGUCCCAGAGCCACUGUCCCAGAGCCACUGUCCCAGAGCCCACUGUCCCAAAGCCACUGUCCCAGAGCCACUGUCUCAGAGCCACUGUCCCAGAGCCACUGUCCCAGAGCCACUGCCCCAGAGCCACUGUCCCAGAGCCAGAGCCACUGUCCCAGAGCCACUGUCCCAGACUCAGCCACUGUCUCAGAGCCACUGUCCCAGAGCCACUGUCUCAGAGCCACUGUCUCAGAGCCAGUCCCAGAGCCACUGUCCCAGAGCCAGUGUCCCAGAGCCACUGUCUCAGAGCCACUGUCCCAGAGCCACUGCCCCAGAGCCACUGUCCCAGAGCCACUGUCUCAGAGCCACUGUCCCAGAGCCACUGCCCCAGAGCCACUGUCUCAGAGCCACUGUCCCAGAGCCACUGUCCCAGAGCCACUGUCUCAGAGCCACUGUCUCAGAGCCACUGUCUCAGAGCCACUGUCUCAGAGCCACUGUCCCAGAGCCACUGUCCCAGAGCCACUGUCCCAGAGCCACUGUCCCAGAGCCACUGUCCCAGAGCCACUGUCCCAGAGCCACUGUCCAGAGCCACUGUCCCAGAGCCACUGUCUCAGAGCCACUGUCCAGAGCCACUGUCCCAGAGCCACUGUCUCAGAGCCACUGUCCCAGAGCCACUGUCCCAGAGCCACUGUCCCAGAGCCACUGUCCCAGAGCCACUGUCUCAGAGCCACUGUCCCAGAGCCACUGUCCCAGAGCCACUGUCCAGAGCCACUGUCCAGCCACUGUCCCAGAGCCACUGUCCCAGAGCCACUGUCCCAGAGCCACUGUCCAGAGCCACUGUCCCAGAGCCACGCCCAGCCACUGUCCCAGAGCCACUGUCCCAGAGCCACUGUCCCAGAGCCACUGUCCCAGAGCCACUGUCCCAGAGCCACUGUCCCAGAGCCACUGUCCAGAGCCACUGUCCCAGAGCCACUGUCCCAGAGCCACUGUCCCAGAGCCACUGUCCCAGAGCCACUGUCCCAGAGCCAGCCACUGUCCCAGAGCCACUGUCCCAGAGCCACUGUCCCAGAGCCACUGUCCCAGAGCCACUGUCCCCCACUGUCCAGAGCCACUGUCCCAGAGCCACUGUCUCAGAGCCACUGUCCCAGAGCCACUGUCCCAGAGCCACUGUCCCAGAGCCACUGUCCCAGAGCCACUGUCCCAGAGCCACUGUCCCAGAGCCACUGUCCCAGAGCCACUGUCCCAGAGCCACUGUCCCAGAGCCACUGUCCCAGAGCCACUGUCCCAGAGCCACUGUCCCAGAGCCACUGUCCCAGAGCCACUGUCCCAGAGCCACUGUCCCAGAGCCACUGUCUCAGAGCCACUGUCCCAGAGCCACUGUCCCAGAGCCACUGUCCCAGAGCCACUGUCCCAGAGCCACUGUCCCAGAGCCACUGUCCCAGAGCCACUGUCCCAGAGCCACUGUCUCAGAGCCACUGUCCCAGAGCCACUGUCCCAGAGCCACUGUCCCAGAGCCACUGUCCCAGAGCCACUGUCCCAGAGCCACUGUCCCAGAGCCACUGUCCCAGAGCCACUGUCCCAGAGCCACUGUCUCAGAGCCACUGUCCCAGAGCCACUGUCUCAGAGCCACUGUCUCAGAGCCACUGUCCCAGAGCCACUGUCCCAGAGCCACUGUCCCAGAGCCACUGUCCCAGAGCCACUGUCCCAGAGCCACUGUCCCAGAGCCACUGUCCCAGAGCCACUGUCCCAGAGCCACUGUCCCAGAGCCACUGUCCAGAGCCACUGUCCCAGAGCCACUGUCCAGAGCCACUGUCCCAGAGCCACUGUCUCAGAGCCACUGUCCCAGAGCCACUGUCCCAGAGCCACUGUCCCAGAGCCACUGUCCCAGAGCCACUGUCCCAGAGCCACUGUCCCAGAGCCACUGUCCCAGAGCCACUGUCCCAGAGCCACUGUCCCAGAGCCACUGUCCCAGAGCCACUGUCCCAGAGCCACUGUCCCAGAGCCACUGUCCCAGAGCCACUGUCCCAGAGCCACUGUCCCAGAGCCACUGUCCCAGAGCCACUGUCCAGAGCCACUGUCCCAGAGCCACUGCCGAGCCCAGAGCCACUGUCCCAGAGCCACUGUCCCAGAGCCACUGUCCCAGAGCCACUGUCCCAGAGCCACUGUCCAGAGCCUGUAGAGCCACUGUCCCAGAGCCACUGUGUCCCAGAGCCACUGUCCCAGAGCCACUGUCCCAGAGCCACUGUCCCAGAGCCACUGUCCCAGAGCCACUGUCUCAGAGCCACUGUCUCAGAGCCACUGUCCCAGAGCCACUGUCCCAGAGCCACUGUCCCAGAGCCACUGUCCAGAGCCACUGCCCAGAGCCACUGUCCCAGAGCCAGAGCCACUGUCCCAGAGCCACUGCCCCAGAGCCACUGUCCCAGAGCCAGAGCCACUGUCCCAGAGCCACUGUCCCAGAGCCACUGUCCAGAGCCACUGUCCAGAGCACUGUCCAGAGCCACUGUCUCAGAGCCACUGUCCCAGAGCCACUGUCCCAGAGCCAGAGCCACUGUCCCAGAGCCACUGUCCCAGAGCCACUGUCUCAGAGCCACUGUCCCAGAGCCAGAGCCACUGUCCCAGAGCCACUGUCCCAGAGCCACUGUCUCAGAGCCACUGUCCCAGAGCCACUGUCCCAGAGCCACUGUCUCAGAGCCACUGUCUCAGAGCCACUGUCCCAGAGCCACUGUCCCAGAGCCACUGUCCCAGAGCCACUGCCCCAGAGCCACUGUCCCAGAGCCACUGUCCCAGAGCCACUGCCCCAGAGCCACUGUCCCAGAGCCAGAGCCACUGUCCCAGAGCCACUGUCUCAGAGCCACUGUCCCAGAGCCACUGUCCCAGAGCCACUGUCCCAGAGCCACUGUCUCAGAGCCACUGUCCCAGAGCCACUGCCCCAGAGCCACUGUCCCAGAGCCACUGUCUCAGAGCCACUGUCCCAGAGCCACUGCCCCAGAGCCACUGUCCCAGAGCCACUGUCUCAGAGCCACUGUCCCAGAGCCAGAGCCACUGUCCCAGAGCCACUGUCUCAGAGCCACUGUCUCAGAGCCACUGUCCCAGAGCCACUGUCCCAGAGCCACUAGCCACUGUCCCAGAGCCACUGUCCCAGAGCCACUGUCCCAGAGCCACUGCCCCAGAGCCACUGUCCCAGAGCCACUGUCCCAGAGCCACUGUCCCAGAGCCACUGCCCCAGAGCCACUGUCCCAGAGCCAGAGCCACUGUCCCAGAGCCACUGUCCCAGAGCCACUGUCUCAGCCACUGUCCAGAGCCAGAGCCACUGUCCCAGAGCCACUGUCCCAGAGCCACUGUCCCAGAGCCAUUGUCCCAGAGCCACUGUCCCAGAGCCACUGUCCCAGAGCCACUGUCCCAGAGCCACUGUCCCAGAGCCACUGUCCCAGAGCCACUGUCCCAGAGCCACUGUCUCAGAGCCACUGUCCCAGAGCCACUGCCCCAGAGCCACUGUCCCAGAGCCACUGUCUCAGAGCCACUGUCCCAGAGCCACUGCCCCAGAGCCACUGUCCCAGAGCCACUGUCUCAGAGCCACUGUCCCAGAGCCACUGUCCCAGAGCCACUGUCCCAGAGCCACUGUCCCAGAGCCAUUGUCUCAGCGCCACUGUCCCAGAGCCACUGUCUCAGAGCCACUGUCCCAAAGCCACUGUCUCAGAGCCACUGUCCCAGAGCCACUGUCCCAGAGCCACUGUCCCAGAGCCACUGUCUCAGCCACUGUCCCAGAGCCAGAGCCACUGUCCCAGAGCCACUGUCCCAGAGCCACUGUCUCAGAGCCACUGUCCCAGAGCCACUGCCCCAGAGCCACUGUCCCAGAGCCACUGUCUCAGAGCCACUGUCCCAGAGCCACUGUCCCAGAGCUACUGUCCCAGAGCCAUUGUCUCAGAGCCACUGUCCCAGAGCCACUGUCCCAGAGCCAUUGUCCCAGAGCCACUGUCCCAGAGCCACUGUCUCAGAGCCACUGUCCCAGAGCCACCGUCCCAGAGCCACUGUCCCAGAGCCACUGUCCCAGAACCAUUGUCUCAGAGCCACUGUCCCAGAGCCACUGUCUCAGAGCCACUGUCUCAGAGCCACUGUCCCAGAGCCACUGCCCCAGAGCCACUGUCCCAGAGCCACUGUCUCAGAGCCACUGUCCCAGAGCCACUGUCCCAGAGCCAAUGUCUCAGAGCCACUGUCCCAGAGCCAUUGUCCCAGAGCCACUGUCCCAGAGCCACUACCCCAGAGCCACUGUCCCAGAGCCACUGUCUCAGAGCCACUGUCUUAGAGCCACUGUCCCAGAGCCACUGUCCCAGAGCCAUUGUCCCAGAGCCACUGUCCCAGAGCCACUGUCCCAGAGCCACUGUCCCAGAGCCACUCUCCCAGAGCCACUGCCCCAGAGCCACUGUCCCAGAGCCAGAGCCACUGUCCCAGAGCCACUGUCCCAGAGCCACUGUCUCAGAGCCACUGUCCCAGAGCCACUGUCUCAGAGCCACUGUCUCAGAGCCACUGUCCCAGAGCCAGAGCCACUGUCCCAGAGCCAGAGCCACUGUCCCAGAGCCACUGUCUCAGAGCCACUGUCCCAGAGCCACUGCCCCAGAGCCACUGUCCCAGAGCCACUGUCUCAGAGCCACUGUCCCAGAGCCACUGUCCCAGAGCCACUGUCCCAGAGCCACUGUCCCAGAGCCAUUGUCUCAGAGCCACUGUCCCAGAGCCACUGUCCCAGAACCAUUGUCUCAGAGCCACUGUCCCAGAGCCACUGUCCCAGAGCCACUGCCCCAGAGCCACUGUCCCAGAGCCACUGUCCCAGAGCCACUGCCCCAGAGCCACUGUCCCAGAGCCACUGUCUCAGAGCCACUGUCCCAGAGCCAUUGUCCCAGAGCCACUGUCCCAGAGCCACUGUCCCAGAGCCACUGCCCCAGAGCCACUGUCCCAGAGCCACUGUCUCAGAGCCACUGUCCCAGAGCCAUUGUCCCAGAGCCACUGUCCCAGAGCCACUGCCCCAGAGCCACUGUCCCAGAGCCACUGUCUCAGAGCCACUGUCCCAGAGCCACUGUCCCAGAGCCACUGUCCCAGAGCCACUGUCCCAGAGCCACUGUCCCAGAGCCAUUGUCUCAGAGCCACUGUCCCAGAGCCACUGUCUCAGAGCCACUGUCCCAGAGCCACUGUCCCAGAGCCACUGUCUCAGAGCCACUGUCUCAGAGCCACUGUCUUAGAGCCACUGUCCCAGAGCCACUGUCCCAGAGCCAUUGUCCCAGAGCCACUGUCCCAGAGCCACUGUCCCAGAGCCACUGUCCCAGAGCCACUGUCCCAGAGCCAGAGCCACUGCCCCAGAGCCACUGCCCCAGAGCCACUGUCCCAGAGCCAGAGCCACUGUCCCAGAGCCACUGUCCCAGAGCCACUGUCUCAGAGCCACUGUCCCAGAGCCACUGUCCCAGAGCCACUGUCCCAGAGCCACUGUCCCAGAGCCACUGUCCCAGAGCCACUGUCCCAGAGCCACUGUCUCAGAGCCACUGUCUUAGAGCCACUGUCCCAGAGCCACUGUCCCAGAGCCAUUGUCCCAGAGCCACUGUCCCAGAGCCACUGUCCCAGAGCCACUGUCCCAGAGCCACUGUCCCAGAGCCACUGUCCCAGAGCCACUGUCCCAGAGCCAGAGCCACUGUCCCAGAGCCACUGUCUCAGAGCCACUGUCCCAGAGCCACUGCCCCAGAGCCACUGUCCCAGAGCCACUGUCUCAGAGCCACUGUCCCAGAGCCACUGCCCCAGAGCCACUGUCCCAGAGCCACUGUCCCAGAGCCACUGUCCCAGAGCCACUGUCCCAGAGCCACUGUCCCAGAGCCACAGUCCCAGAGCCACUGGCCCAGAGCCACUGUCUCAGAGCCACUGUCCCAGAGCCACUGUCCCAGAGCCACUGUCCCAGAGCCACUGUCUCAGAGCCACUGUCCCAGAGCCAGAGCCACUGUCCCAGAGCCACUGUCCCAGAGCGACUGUCUCAGAGCCACUGUCCCAGAGCCACUGUCCCAGAGCCACUGUCUCAGAGCCACUGUCCCAGAGCCACUCUCCCAGAGCCACUGUCCCAGAGCUACUCUGUCCCAGAGCCAUUGUCUCAGAGCCACUGUCCCAGAGCCACUGUCCCAGAGCCAUUGUCCCAGAGCCACUGUCCCAGAGCCACUGUCUCAGAGCCACUGUCCCAGAGCCACCAUCCCAGAGCCACUGUCCCAGAGCCACUGUCCCAGAACCAUUGUCUCAGAGCCACUGUCCCAGAGCCACUGUCUCAGAGCCACUGUCUCAGAGCCACUGUCCCAGAGCCACUGCCCCAGAGCCACUGUCCCAGAGCCACUGUCUCAGAGCCACUGUCCCAGAGCCACUGUCCCAGAGCCAAUGUCUCAGAGCCACUGUCCCAGAGCCAUUGUCCCAGAGCCACUGUCCCAGAGCCACUACCCCAGAGCCACUGUCCCAGAGCCACUGUCUCAGAGCCACUGUCUUAGAGCCACUGUCCCAGAGCCACUGUCCCAGAGCCAUUGUCCCAGAGCCACUGUCCCAGAGCCACUGUCCCAGAGCCACUGUCCCAGAGCCACUGUCCCAGAGCCACUGUCUCAGAGCCACUGUCUCAGAGCCACUGUCUCAGAGCCACUGUCCCAGAGCCACUGUCCCAGAGCCACUGUCCCAGAGCCACUGCCCCAGAGCCACUGUCCCAGAGCCAGAGCCACUGUCCCAGAGCCACUGUCCCAGAGCCACUGUCUCAGAGCCACUGUCCCAGAGCCACUGUCUCAGAGCCACUGUCUCAGAGCCACUGUCCCAGAGCCAGAGCCACUGUCCCAGAGCCACUGUCUCAGAGCCACUGUCCCAGAGCCACUGCCCCAGAGCCACUGUCCCAGAGCCACUGUCUCAGAGCCACUGUCCCAGAGCCACUGUCCCAGAGCCACUGUCCCAGAGCCAUUGUCUCAGAGCCACUGUCCCAGAGCCACUGUCCCAGAACCAUUGUCUCAGAGCCACUGUCCCAGAGCCACUGUCCCAGAGCCACUGUCUCAGAGCCACUGUCCCAGAGCCACUGUCCCAGAGCCACUGUCCCAGAGCCACUGUCCCAGAGCCACUGUCUCAGAGCCACUGUCCCAGAGCCACUGUCUCAGAGCCACUGUCUUAGAGCCACUGUCUCAGAGCCACUGUCUUAGAGCCACUGUCCCAGAGCCACUGUCCCAGAGCCACUGUCCCAGAGCCACUGUCCCAGAGCCACUGUCUCAGAGCCACUGUCCCAGAGCCACUGUCUCAGAGCCACUGUCUCAGAGCCACUGUCCCAGAGCCACUGUCCCAGAGCCACUGCCCCAGAGCCAUUGUCCCAGAGCCACUGUCCCAAAGCCACUGUCUCAGAGUCACUGUCCCAGAGCCACUGUCCCAGAGCCACUGCCCCAGAGCCACUGUCCCAGAGCCACUGUCCCAGAGCCACUGUCUCAGAGCCACUGUCUCAGAGCCACUGUCCCAGAGCCAUUGUCCCAGAGCCACUGUCCCAAAGCCACUGUCUCAGAGCCACUGUCCCAGAGCCACUGUCCCAGAGCCACUGUCCCAGAGCCACUGUCCCAGAGCCAUUGUCCCAGAGCCACUGUCUCAGAGCCACUGUCCCAGAGCCAUUGUCCCAGAGCCAUUGUCCCAGAGCCACUGUCUCAGAGUCACUGUCCCAGAGCCACUGUCCCAGAGCCACUGUCCCAGAGCCACUGUCCCAGAGGCCACUGUCCCAGAGCCACUGUCUCAGAGCCACUGUCCCAGAGCCACUGUCCCAGAGCCACUGUCCCAGAGCCACUGUCUCAGAAGCCACUGUCUCAGAGUCACUGUCCCAGAGCCACUGUCCCAGAGCCACUGUCCCAGAGCCACUGUCCCAGAGCCACUGUCCCAGAGCCACUGUCUCAGAGCCAUUGUCCCAGAGCCACUGUCCCAGAGCCACUGUCCCAGAGCCACUGUCCCAGAGCCAUUGUCCCAGAGCCACUGUCUCAGAGCCACUGUCCCAGAGCCAUUGUCCCAGAGCCAUUGUCCCAGAGCCACUGUCUCAGAGUCACUGUCCCAGAGACACUGUCCCAGAGCCACUGUCCCAGAGCCACUGUCCCAGAGCCACUGUCCCAGAGCCACUGUCUCAGAGCCACUGUCCCAGAGCCACUGUCCCAGAGCCAUUGUCCCAGAGCCACUGUCUCAGAGCCACUGUCCCAGAGCCAUUGUCCCAGAGCCAUUGUCCCAGAGCCACUGUCUCAGAGUCACUGUCCCAGAGCCACUGUCCCAGAGCCACUGUCCCAGAGCCACUGUCCCAGAGCCAGAGCCACUGUCCCAGAGCCACUGUCUCAGAGCCACUGUCCCAGAGCCACUGUCCCAGAGCCACUGUCACAGAGCCACUGUCCCAGAGCCACUGUCCCAGAGCCACUGUCCCAGAGCCACUGUCCCAGAGCCAUUGUCCCAGAGCCACUGUCUCAGAGCCACUGUCCCAGAGCCAUUGUCCCAGAGCCAUUGUCCCAGAGCCACUGUCUCAGAGUCACUGUCCCAGAGCCACUGUCCCAGAGCCACUGUCCCAGAGCCACUGUCCCAGAGCCACUGUCCCAGAGCCACUGUCCCAGAGCCACUGUCUCAGAGCCACUGUCCCAGAGCCACUGUCCCAGAGCCAGAGCCACUGUCCCAGAGCCACUGUCCCAGAGCCACUGUCUCAGAGCCACUGUCCCAGAGCCACUAGCCACUGUCCCAGAGCCACUGUCCCAGAGCCACUGUCCCAGAGCCACUGUCCCAGAGCCACUGUCCCAGAGCCACUGUCUCAGAGCCACUGUCCCAGUGCCACUGUCCCAGAGCCACUGUCCCAGAGCCACUGUCCCAGAGCCAUUGUCCCAGAGCCACUGUCCCAGAGCCAUUGUCCCAGAGCCACUGUCCCAGAGCCACUGUCCCAGAGCCACUGUCCCAGAGCCACUGUCUCAGAGCCACUGUCCCAGAGCCACUGUCCCAGAGCCACUGUCCCAGAGCCACUGUCCCAGAGCCAUUGUCCCAGAGCCACUGUCCCAGAGCCACUUCUGA